AUGGGUAUUCUUAUUGAUAGGAUUCAUAUUGAUAUAAUUUCUAGAAAGAAUUUUAGGACACAUCGUUUUGUUCGGAAGGAUUGGAGAAAAGACGUCGGACUUCGGGCAAGUAGCCACAAAAAAUUAGUCUGGCAAAAAAAGGUAGUGCCCCAUCCUGAAAAUGUCGUCCCCAAAAGUCCCAAUGAAGUAUUAACAUCGAAAGUAAAUGUGUUUAUGAGUUAUAAUAAUGCUUAUAAUAAUCCACUGAUGUAUCCCAUAUUAUGGCCAUAUGUUGCAAAUGAUCACCAAAGAUAUUUGACAAACAAUUACAUCGAAUCGUGGCACAACCAAUUGAAAACAAUAUACUUUGGCUGUACUCGCAUAAGACGAUUGGACCGUCUUGUCUUUAUUUUGACAAACGAUGUGGAGUUCUUUUACGACGAAGAAGUGGAACGAAUCCAUAUACAAAAUGGACAAAUGGAUCCGAUUGAAAAUGAACUUGCUCGACACUCUUUUUCUGCCAAUACCAUACAAGAUGACAUGCUCCCUUUCAUGAUCAUUAAUCCUCUUAAUAAGAUUGGCAAUAGCAUGGAGGACUCUAACAGCAAGGAAAGCAACCACCUCCAACUGCAAAGAUCGCUUGCAUCUGAGCAUGAAGUGGCAGUUGUUAAUGAGGAAGUUGAAAAUGAAACAAACAUAGUUGUUGUAAGUGGUAGAAACAAUUCUGUUUGGUUGCAAAGAAUCAUGGCCCAGAAUACAACACUUUAUAAUCAAAGAGAAGACUUAGAGCAGUUGAUGGAGAUUCCAGGAAUUGAUGAAGCCAAAUUACAAGUGAUUAGUGGUUUACUUGAGGAAGCAAUGAAUCUUAUAGACACUCUUAGAAAUGCAAACUCUUCCCGCUUUAGAAAUCUUAAUACACAAAGAUAA